UGUUAUCACGAGUGACGUAGCCGGAUCAGUCGUGAGCAGGCAGCGUACGAGAGAUCGCGUCUCCGCAAUCAUUCAACAUGAGGUAUAACGAGCUCGGUACAACCGGUAUCAAAGUUUCUCACAUUAGUGUUGGAAGUGCCGCUUUCAGCAAUAUCUAUGGGAAAUAUGACGAGAAAAGAAGCCUGGAGCUCAUUAAAGAAAGCUUGAAUCUCGGUAUCAACUAUCUGGAAACCGGACCCUGGUACGGUCAGGGCAGCUCCGAAAAGGUCAUUGGGAAGGCUUUAGUUGGAGUUCCCCGUGAUUCGUAUUACAUCGGGAGUAAAGUCGGCCGCUACGACAAGGACACUCUAAAGAUGUUUGACUUUUCUGCAGAGAAAACAGCAGCUGGUCUUGACAAUACUCUUUCACUACUCGGCUUAGACUAUGUCGAUCUGAUCCAGGUACAUGAUAUAACUUUUGCUCCGGACACUUCGGUUGUACUCAAAGAGACGUUGCCAGUGUUGGAGCAAGCCGUGAGAGAUGGAAAAGCUCGCUUCAUUGGGAUCGCUGACUAUGAUAUCGACUUGAUGAAGGAAGUAGUAGAGGAGUCGGAAGUCAAGAUAUCAACCAUACUCUCUUAUUCGAAGUCCACGCUCUUCGAUAAUCGCUUACAGAACUAUAUUAGCUUCUUCAAGAGUAAGGGCGUUGGGGUUAUUAAUGCAGCUGCAACUGGAAUGGGUCUGCUGACGAACAAAGGUCCCCAGCCAUGGCAUCCAGCCAGUGAUGAUAUCAAGGCUAUAUGCAGACGGGCUUCUGAUUACUGCAAGGAACGUAAGGUGGAACUGGCUCGCUUGGCGACCUGGUUUACAUUGAACCAGCCUGGAAUAGACACAAACAUUUGUGGUUUCUUCAACCUGGAUCAACUGUACGACACUGUCGAGGUUAUGGAUACAGGACUCUCUGAGCACGAGUCUAGGAUCCUGAGUCAAGUGCAAGCGAGCAUAACGACGCUUGAAUAAAAUUGAAACGACAAUUUAAAAAUUACAGGUUCUUCGACAAAGAUACAUUACAUUGGGACAACGUCGAGCUGCCGUUGUAUAAAAACAAACUUAAUGAAUUAUCAAAGAAAUGAUUUUCCUUAUGUGUUGUUUAGAUAUUUUGUUUGUAUCUUUUUUGAUUUUUAAUUUUAACAAUAGCUUAUAUUCCACCUUAUUAUUUAGAAUUGUAUGCUUAGUGCUUUGAAUAUUUAAAAAUACUGAAUGUGUGAAAAACCUACGUAUUUUGAAAUUUGAAAAUAAAUUGCUUGAUUCUUAUGUAAUAGCUAUUAAUAGAUUGUUUCCCUAUAGACCUAUGAAUUGCUAAAAAAUUCAGUAACAAACACUUAUAUUACGUGAAUGACAUUAAUGCACUUUAAGAUCUGUCUCAGAGUUUUAGAAAUGUAGAAGUAGUACUUAAUUGAACUUACUAGGAACGUUCUUUAAAUUACAUAAAAUAAAUGUGAUUCCAACCAA